CGUUGAAGUUAUUCUCGUCCGAGUGGUACCUACGAUCCUAUUUGAGGUCGCAGUUCAAGAAACAAUGCUCCCUUUGCUGCAAGUGCUCGGUCGAGAGAGAUGAAGACCUAUCACUGGGUUCGAGCUUCUUCUUCAGAUUUUACUGGAAUUCUUCCCCAACCUCGAAGGCACUUGCUCUCCCUCUAUUCAUACGUGAUACGUGAUAAAUUUAUAGAACGUAUAAUCCGAGCGACUAGGCACACAUGCUGAUUUGAUUGCUACUCAAAGUUCAAAUACUGUCUGAUUGACUCGCAGUGGUCACACAGCUGUGAACAUCGGGAAUUCGAAGAUCGUGGCGUUCGGAGGUCUAAUCGACAAGAAAUUCCUCAAUGAUGUCACUGUUUAUGACAGUGGUAUUCUAUUUACUCUUUUUUAUUAUUUUUACACUAUUUUAAUCUUCAAAAUCAACUGCAUUGAAUUGUGCUCGAUCUGGUUGGGUUUGUCAAUAGGUUACAAGUAUACCGUACGCUCAGGAAUUGCGUGAAUUUAAUUAAUUUAAGUUUUAAAUUAAAAACUGAAACUUGAAAUAAUUUGUUCGAAGGUGAGGAAAUGAGUUUAGUUUUUUAUUAGUUUCUUCCUUUUAUCUAUUUUGUUUAUCAUUUCUUGCGUGCAAAUUAUGAAAUCAUAGAGGAUUUAGGUUAUUUACCGUUGGUUUAAUUUGCAGUAAGGGAAGCUUUAGGAAUUUUCACGUUUGCCCUUAACUUUUCGCUGUUUUUAAAUCACACGUUCUCCAAAAGAAAAUAUUUUUCCUCGAGAAAAUCUCUCCCAAAUAAUGCUGAAUGUAUCACUGAAUAUUGUAGUUUAAUAUAUUUUGAGAUCAUUUUCAUUCAUUACGGCUUCUCAGCUAUCGAAUCUAAACUGAUCAUAGAGUGUUUCACCACAAUAACAAGGACAGGUGAUUCAAGAAGUAAAGAACAUACUUUUUCAAGAAAAAUCAUUUGUUAAUUUUUUUCUCCAUAUUAUAAGGUUCAAAGUUUGGAUGUUUCAGAUAACAAGUGGUUUCAGCCAGAGUGCACAGGUAAUAUUGUGAUGGGCUAGUGGGCCCAAGUCCACGAGCUUUCCACAUUGCAGUUUCACUUGAUUGUCACAUUUUUUUUUUGAUAUCCACGUAUUCCAACUUACACCAAACUACAUUCUGGACCUCCAAGACCCAUGCCUCUAGAAUUUUGGAGGGAUAAAUCGAGGAUUAUGCCUCAACUGGAUCACAAGUUUCCCCCAUUGACUGUACACUUCUGCGCACAAGAGACCCUCCUCUACAAUGAUUACUCCAUACCAAAUUUUUGGCCUUAGGUUUCCACCAGGAAUCAAACUCUCCACCCUGUCGUUGGAAGCAAGCCAAUGUUGAUUGAUCCACCAGUUGAACUGUAUCCCAAGGGACAUAAGAAGUGAGUAAAAUUUUUGGUGGGAGGUCUGGUAGUAAAAGGUUUGUGAUCACUGUUAGCUACAUGUCUGGGAGAUUUUUGGGUCCUAGAUACUGGCGAGCUUCUAUUAGUUCCUAGCUUAGCCAAUCAAUGGUGAUGGGUAAAUGGAUCUUAAAAUGCUUAGUCAAUGUUCUAUUGGUUGACAGAUGUAUGGCAAUGGUCAGAGCUUUCAAGUUUUGGUGACUUUCCUUCUCCAAGGGAUUUUGCAGCUACUUUGGCCAUUGUCGCUCGUAAAGUUGUUAUGUAUGGUGUUGAGAUGGUAAGAAAUGGCUGUCAGACGUCUAUGUCCUAGACACAAGUAUUGUUUAUGUUUCACUUUUGCUAAGUUUUCUGUUGCUGUUACUUAAACCUACCAUAUCAAGCUCUUAAAUAUUUGAUAUGCGUUUAGAACAGUUUCAUUAGAGUGCACUGAGUUGUCGGUUUCUGGAACAAUACUUCUUCCAAGAUGUGGGCAUUCUGUAACAAUGGUGGAGAAGUGGUUGCUUAUGUAUGGUGGUAGACGUAAUUUAGCAUCUUUUGGCUACUACUAACAUGGCCAAAGGAUUUUCCCUUUUUAAUUUGUUUUUUGUGUUCUGAUAUUAUUUUAUUUUAGGUGCACUAUGGCAUAUGCUAAAGUAAUAUCAAUUGAACAACUGAAUUUGUGCUUGCUUAUGUAAGUAAACUGCUGCACUCUAGCAUAUCACAAUACAAUCUCGGAAAGCAGUGUUUCAUUUGGAUUUCAACAAAUUGAAUGGUCAUGUCCGUGGAAGAAAGAGAGUAUGAUCCCUCAUGUCUGGCCUGCAAUUUGGAUACCUGAUAACCACUAAACAUUAGGCCAUGACUCGAAAAAUGCUGAUGGCAUGCACCUCUCUUGACCAUUUCAGCAUUCUUUCACCUUACUCUCGAGGCCAAAUUCAUGAACGAGGUGGCGGACCAAUCAUGGCUGAUCUGUGGGCUUUAAAGGGCGUUAUUGAAGAAGGAAGAAAUGAAACUCCUGGAUGGACACAACUGAAGCUUCCUGGUCAAGCUCCUUCACCCUACUGUGGACACACCAUCACAUCUGGAGGGCACUAUCUCUUAUUAUUUGGAGGGCGUGGAACUGGUGGUUGGUUGAGCCAUUAUGAUGUUUAUCACAACGAUUGUCUUGUUCUAGACAGGGGGGACCCUAUUGCAAAGAGGAUAUCUCCAACUGAAGUUAUGUCGGAAAGUAGGAAUGCAACCAUGGCAAAUGAUGGCCUGGAGCCAAGAAGCGGGACAAAGCGUUCUCCAACGCUGAUCAAUAACCAAAAGUAGACCUAGAAAGAUGCAUUUUUAAGCUUUCUACUCGUGAAAGAAGUCUACAAAAGAAUCAAAGGUGAAAUGGAUCUGAGAACCAUUAGAAUAUUAGUCUUAGAGAAGUCUCUUUCAUUGCCAAAUUGACUUCUCCACCCUUCAAAAUGUCGUACACUCAACAAGAUGCAGCAACGGAGGCAUGAAAGGGCACUGUCAAAACAUUAAAAUCUGCUUGUUUUUGCUGCAUCUUCACUUGCAGCAAGGAAGGCCAAGUUGAAGGAUCUGCAGUGUCAAGAGUUGCAGAAAAGAUUAGAAAGUUCAGUUUUACAUUCUAAUCCGUAGAAAAUCAUUAGAUGAAAUGGAAGACAGAAUUGGUCCAAAUGGCAUCAAGAGCGAUUGGUGAAGGGGCUGUGGGAAAGAUAGAG